AUGCUUCCGGCAGGGGAAGGCGGCAAGCGGCGCGGCGCCACCGCCCCCGCCGACGACGACGACGCCGAGGCCGGCGCGACCGCGGCCGCCCUCAACGACCUCUGCGCCACCGCGGGCGAGGCGGGGGCCCCGGUGCCCGCGCCGUUCCCGAGGGCGGCGGCGCUGGCGGUCGCGGCGCUGCUCGCGGUGGGGAUCGGGCUCGGCGCCCUCGUCCUCGCCGUCGUGCGCAGCCCCGUGCUGCUCCUGCUCGCGCUGCUGCUCUCGGCCGCCGUCUCCGCGUUCCUCCUCUGGAAUGCCGCGUCGGGCCGCGCGCUGCGCCGGUUCGUCGACGGGCUCCACGCCUCCAGCCUCCGCGUCGCCGCCGACGGCCAGCUCGUCAAGAUCACCGGCAUGGUUUCAUGUGGGGAUAUUUCGUUGAUCUCUUCGUAUGAGAAGGUGGAGAACUGUGUAUACACAUCUACGCUGCUUAGAAAAUGCGGUAGAUGGGGUUCUGAGGUGGCAAAUCCUGUGAAUACUUGUUCUAGAUGGAAGCUGACACAUGCUGAGAGGUUUGCUGCUGAUUUCUACAUAACGGAUGCAAAAUCAGGUAAAAGAGCAUUGGUGAAAGCUGGGUACCGCACGAAAGUGGUUCCAUUGAUCGAUGAAAAUGUUCUGGUUUCAACAAGCAGAAAUAUUGAACUAUCUUCAACCUUGAAAUGUUGGCUCGAAGAAAGAAAUCUUUCUUCUGAAGAAGCUCAGAUUAUCCGUCUUGAGGAAGGAUAUAUCCGAGAAGGCAUGCGGUUGAGCGUGAUUGGAAUUUUGAGCAAGAAGAAUGAAGAUCUCAUGAUACUUCCUCCACGUGAACCUGUAUCUACAGGUUGUGUGUUGCUGUCAUUUCUCCUUCCAGCUUAUUUUGAUGGAAUAGUUUUGAGACUGGUAGACAAGAGUUACUUCAUACCAAAUUCUGGAAUUUCAUGAAGUAUUAUGACAACUGAUGAGAUGUAACAACAGCUAACAACUUUAAUGAAAUCCCUUCCCCCCUGAAA